GGGGACUGCAGUGGUGGCGGAGAGCGGCGGGCGCCCGCUUCGCUGGGUGAAUGUUUCCUUGGCGGGUCGGCGGUUCCGAUUCAGCUGACCUUCGCCGGGGCGCCCGGAGGUUCCAAGCGGCUUCUCUGCCAGGGUCUCCCGGUGUGCGAGGGCGGCAGCAGCAGUAUUAGCCGAUACGUGCCUUGGAGUGGACCUUCCUCCGUGGGGCGGGAGUAUCAAAGCGCCUCCCCUUCUGCGUCCAAUGAAAUAGAAUCAUAUGUAUGACAAGGAAAAAUGAACACCGCAAUGAAUGUGGAACCUGAUGCACUCACCGUAGUAAACCAGCUGAGAGAUCUGGCAGCUGACCCUCUGAAUAGAAGAGCAAUUGUCCAGGAUCAGGGGUGUCUACCAGGCCUUAUAUUAUUUUUGGAUCAUCCCAACCCACCAGUUGUCCAUUCAGCAUUACUUGCUCUACGUUAUUUGGUGGAAUGUCGGGCCAAUAGAGAAAAGAUGAAAAGUGAACUGGGGAUGAUGCUGAGUUUACAGACGGUCGUACAAAAGACCACAACACCUGGAGAAACAAGACUAUUAGCUUCUGAAAUCUAUGAUAUUCUUCAGUCUUCCAACAUGUCUGACAUGGACAAUGUGAAUGAGAUGAAUUCGCGGCGUCGAAAAGCUCAGUUUUUCCUUGGAAGUACAAACAAACGUGCUAAAACAGUAGUUUUACACAUAGAUGGCCUUGAUGAUUCGUCACGGAGAAACCUUUGUGAAGAGGCCUUACUGAAAAUUAAGGGGGUCAUCAGCUUUACAUUUCAAAUGGCAAUUCAAAGAUGUGUAGUCCGAAUCAGAUCAGAUUUAAAAGCAGAGGCACUGGCAACAGCAAUAGCAUCAACCAAAGUUAUGAAAGCCCAGCAAGUUGUAAAAAGUGAAAGUGGAGAAGAGAUGUUGGUUCCUUUCCAAGAUACUCCAGUAGAAGUGGAGCAGAAUACUGACCUCCCUGAGUAUUUGCCAGAAGAUGAAAGUCCUUCAAAGGAGCAACACAAAGCGGUGUCCCGUGUUGGGUCACACCCAGAAGGGGCAGCCAGUUGGCUGAGCACAGCUGCAAACUUCCUUUCCAGGUCCUUCUAUUGGUGACUUUGAAUCAAGGCUAAAGGACUGUGCCAACCAACAGGGGGUAGUUUUCCAUUAUUUUGGCGAACUGCCGAGUGCAAUUUGCAAUAAGUUAUCACAACAGAUUUUUUAGAUUACACAAAAUAUAUACUGUGUUUUACAUUUUAUUGGACAUUCUGGCCUUUUGAGCAGUCAGAAGAUGGAGGCCUCAAAUCAACGUUUGUUCAUUUUCUCCCCCCUCCCUUUUUAUGUUUUAUUGCCUCACUUUUUAACGUGGGUCCAUGAUCAACCAAAUAUUUUUGAAUUUAUAAAGCUUUAAGUUAAAAUUCAUGAUAAAAUAGACACAGAGCCCACUCAACACAAAUGUCAGGACAUCUGUGCAAGGAAAUUAUUAGCUCUGAUUUUACAAAGAUUGAAAUGCCUUUCUUUUCUUUUUGGCCUUAUUUCAGAAUAUAUAUUUCAACUGGAAGGCUCUAGAAGGAAAAAAAGACUGAUCUGUUUGCGAGUUAUUUUAUUUUGUUCACCUUUUUUUCAGAGCCAGUGUGUCAUGCUCUAUUUGUAGCACUGUACGGAGACUUGAACUUUAAACUUGGGGGUUUGUUUUUUUAAUUGUCAGCCCAUAACUACUUUCAAUAUGAACUUUUUAGUAGUAAGAAGUUAAAGCAGAAACGCGUGUGUAUUUAUACAGUAAAUAAUCUGCUGUAAAAAUGCUUCUAAUGAAGGCUGUGACUUUCAAAGUAUGACAAGAAACUAUUGAUUGGAGGUUAGGUCAUUAAGAAGAUUAGUUUUCAAAAAUUCCAAUCUGCUCCCAUGAUAUUUUAUAUGUGGUAGGAAGUGUGGUGUUUGAAUGAGAGCUGAAAAUAUAAGAUUAUGGAGAAGGGAUAAGAAAUGGAACGCUGAAUAUGCCAUUGUGCCCCUGUCUACAUUUUGAACAUUUUGGCUUGAUGGAAAUCAUAUAUUAUCCAUACUGCCUUUUAAAGAAACUGCCGUCCUGUGUCAGCAGGGCUGAUAUCUGGAGCUGUGUGACAGGUCAUGUUGUGUCAGAGCCAGGAUCAGGGCAAAACUAGUGCCUGAUGUCUAGCGUUGGGGGGGUGGGCAUCUUUGGAGAUAUGAAGAGUCCCUAAAAGUGCACUAUAGCUAGUCUGUUAAAAUGCCAUACUUAGCAUCAUCUUCUGGUAUUGUAGCCCAUUUAAAAAGUUCUAAAGUGCUUGGAUCUUGUCAGCUUAGUACCCAGUAAUGAUAGGUGAUGUUUCGGCAAAAUGUUGAGAAUAGCAAUUAGGUUAUUGAAAUUUUGGCUGAGAUUUUUCUCAAUUUGUUAGAGCAACUGCUACUUUGCACCACAGGUAUAUAGCUGAGGAAUUGCAGUGCUGUUCAAAAUUAAGUCCUUUGUGAAUCAUUUUGUGCUGCAGUUCAUGCAGAUACUGACUUUUUUGAGGCAAAACUUUAUUCUUUGGAAGAUCUUAUAUUUGUCUUUCACAGUAGCAGCACAUAAGUAGCAUCAGGAAACUGUCAUUUAAAUGAAAAUAAUGUGCAAGGGAGAGGGAUUAUCAACUUCCAAAAAUAACUUAAAAUUCACCUGAAUGCAAUGCCCUUCUAAAGUGAAGAGCUUACUUUCAGAUUAGAUUAUUUUCCAUUUUAUCAUAUCUAGUUUAUUUGGUUAAAGUUUACAGACACAGAAUACAAGCUUUCUAAGGCAUGUAGUAUAAUCAAUAUGUAUUACAAGGCAUAUUGCUGUCUAGAAUGUUACAAUGCCAAAUGUGUUUGCAGAGAUCUCUGCUGUGUAACCAUGGAUGCAAUGUUUACUUUUCAUUUUAACAUCUUUCCCUACAUUUUGCAUUGCCGCACACCCUCUUUACUACAUGACACAUCUCUUUGGAUGUUAGUGAUUCAAUGCUAGUAAAUAUUAAAAUGUGAUUUGGUUUGUAGGUAUGCUUUUUUUGGUCAGUAUUGCAGCUGUCCCAGUCAAUGUAUCUGUAAAACAGAUUUUGAAAAACUGUAAAAUAAAAGUGUAAUAUAAUGAA